UCAUGGCGGACUUGACGGUUGAGUCUCGGGACAGGUGGGAGCUCCGUCUUCACGAGCUGCUGUUGUUCCCAAUACAGAGCGAGAGGAGCCGGGGAAACACUUUAAAUUCACAUUAAAAUAAAAACAUGAACACGCUGCGCUAAAUUUAAACAUUACCCGCAUGUUUAAAGCAAUGAUUAUGACCGGUUUUGUGUGAAAAAAAAUGUCCGACCGACGAGAGAGAAAUUCAACAGAAACUGCGCAGUCAUAGUUUAAUGGGAGUGGUGACCUGAGCAGAUAUGCCAGCUGACGACAAGGUCGCCAUCCUGACGGACGACGAGGAGGAGCAGAAGAGGAAGUAUGUGUUGGCUGAGCCGUUCAACACCCUGUCGAUGGAGCGGCAGGCGGCCCCCUCCUCGGGCUCGCCGCCGGAGGAGCCGUCGGCCUCGAACCCGGACUCCAUAGACUGCUGCGAGAGGAUGUGCCUCCGCGUCAACGGCCACCUCCUCGUCUCCAAAGUCUUCUACUUCUUCUUCUACGCCGCCUACGGCUCGCUGCACCCCCUGCUGGCCGUGUACUACAAGCAGCUCGGCAUGUCGGCCAGCCGCAGCGGGCUGCUCGUCGGCAUCCGCUACUUCAUCGAGUUCUGCAGCGCCCCCUUCUGGGGCGUGGUGGCGGACCGCUUCAAGAAAGGGAAGGCCCUGCUGCUGUUUUCUGUCCUGUGCUGGUUGGUGUUCAACUGCGGCAUCGGCUUCGUCAAACCAGCUGAGAUGAAGUGUGAGGAAAAAGGCGCCGCACCUCCGACGGCGGCGGCGCCGCCUGUGAUAACGACUCUCCCGCGCAGUACCGUCUGGCAGCCGAGCAACUCCACCAACCACACCAGGAGCCGCCGGAGCCUUCUAGACCUGGACUCCUAUGUCAGCGUGCUCCACAGGCGAGAGCGAAGCGUAGACGCCAACACAACUUCAGCUCCCUUCAAGCCGGCCAACACCACCCUCCCCGCCACGACCACUGCCUCCUCUACUCCUACCAAACCAAAGGAGUACCAGAUCAUCUACAACAAGGACCAGGUGGAGUCCAUCUUCCUGCUCAUCUUGCUCGUCAUCAUCGUGGGCGAGUUCUUCAGCGCUCCCGCCGUCACUAUCGUGGACACCGUCACCCUGCAGUACCUCGGUAAAGCUCGCGACCGUUACGGCCUGCAGAGGAUGUGGGGCUCGCUGGGCUGGGGUCUGGCCAUGCUGCUGGUGGGAAUCUGGAUCGACCACACACACAUCAACGCCAAGAUCGACGGCGUGGGCUGCACCAUGCCCGACUUCCGCCUCCACAACUACCAGAUCGCCUUCAUUGUGUUUGGCGUGCUGAUGGGCGUGGCGUUCAUUGUUGCCACUCAGUUUUACUUCGAAAAAGGUGGCGACUACCGGCAUGAGCUUCCAGAGGGGGUGUCGGCGGUGGCGGUGGCGGAGGGCCCGAGACCGUUACCCGAGUCCUCGGACCAGACUCCCAUCGGCCCCGACGCCGCUCAGGAGUUCAGCUACAGCGAUCUGCUAAAGCUCCUCUGCAGCGUGCGCUACAGCUCCGUCCUCUUCGUCGCCUGGUUCAUGGGCUUCGGCUACGGCUUCGUCUUCACCUUCCUGUACUGGCACUUAGAGGACCUGAAGGGGACCACCACCCUGUUCGGGGUCUGCUCCAUCCUCAGCCACGUCUCGGAGCUCGGCACCUACUUCACCAGCCACAAGUUCAUCGAGCUGGUCGGACACGUCAGGGUGCUGUACAUCGGUCUGGCCUGCAACACAGCUCGCUACCUGUACAUCUCCUACCUGGAAAACGCCUGGAUCGUGCUGCCGAUGGAGGUCCUUCAGGGUGUGACCCACGCCUCAGUUUGGGCAGCCUGUAUCUCCUUCCUGAGUGCGGCGGUCCCUCCGGCCCUGAGGACGUCGGCGCAGGGCAUCCUGCAGGGCCUUUACCUCGGCCUGGGCCGCGGCUGUGGAGCCAUGGUGGGAGGAGUGUUCGUCAAUUACUUUGGUGCUGCAGCGGCGUUCAGAGGAAUCGGCAUGGCCUCCCUCGUCAUCCUCCUCAUGUUCUCCUUCAUCCAAUGUCUGACUGGAAAGACUGAAGACAACGAGGACAAAAUGCUGGCUGAGAACAUCCCAGUGCCCUCGAGCCCGGUUCCCAUCGCCACCAUCGACCUGGUGCGGAGUGACAACACCCUCGGUAGCCCCGCCCCGGCUCGCCAGGCUGCCGUGUUGCCCGUCAAGAAGACCAAACACCAGGAAGAGCAGGAGGACGUGACCAAGCCGGCAUGGGUGCUCGCUGGAGCCCCCUGGGUCACCAUCGCCUUCGCCAUCGUCCAGAUCCGGGAGAUGAUGAUCGUGGCGAAGGGUGGAGGACCGUCUCCGGAGACUCAACCACUGCAGGUACCUAAUGAGCAGGCGUCGGCUGAGUACAAGGCGGUGGCGACGUCACAACGAAACCCGAGCGAUGACGGCACAGAAACACCCGCACAACCGAACACCACCCACUCAGCACCAUCAGACUCUAACAAGGACGUAGACCAAACGCACCCAUCCUCAGACAGAGGAGGGCCUAAAGAACACCCGACAUUUACAGCAGAAAACCCAGACUGACUCUUCAUUUAGCAACUAUUUAAUUUACACGCUGAGCAUUAAACUCGCUGCAAAAAUAUCCAUCUUAACAAGUCGGUUUGUCUUGAAUUCAGCCUAAAAAUACGAGUCUUCCUAGAAAUCGGUCAGUAUCUUGACAAAACCCUGCAUUUAUAUAGAUGUAUUGUUAAAAAAUUUGCUUGUAUAUGAUCGUGAAAUUAAGCAAAAAAUAUCCUAUAAUUCUGGAAACAAGUCGGAAAUACUGUAACUAAUUUUUUUUUUUUUUAUAAGACUCGUGACUUGUUUUAAUGGAUUUAUUUUUUUUGCAGCGGAGAGUUUGAGUUGAAUGUUUGGAUGAACCUCCGUUUGGCGGCGUUCGCCCCUCAGAGGUGGUCGAAGCCAACUCACGUCGGAGCGCUGUGCACUAUAUUUAAUACCCUUUACUGGUGGCGUGUGAAGGAACAACCCUUCAAAUGUACAAAAUGUGCCUCUUGAUGAGUUAUUUAUUAACUUAAUUUACUCAAAGUGAAGAAAUCUGAUAAAAUGGUGAUUUAACUCGGCAUCCACGGCAUACUUAAUGUUUGCCAGCACACGAUUAACACAUUGAAAUUCAUCUUAUAAUAUAUUUAUUUUUCAUGCGCUGUAAUACAGAGGUUCCCAAUCUUUUUUUGCACCACGGACCGUUUUUUUAUAUUAUCGAUGUCGUUGUGGAUCAGCUGACUGGGGGAUGAGGGCGCCCUGUUCUCCGCCUGCUGAAUGCUUUUUAAUGUGAAGCAGCAGCAGCAGGAAAUGCUGGGUUAGCAUUAGCAUUAGCAUUAACAUAAACCAGCUCUGAUACGACGAUGAAUGCAGGAAGUCUUACAUCUUGUCUCUUGGCUAGUAAUGUUGGCUAUAAAAUGAACAAUGAACACUACUGAAUUAUUUAUUAUUGAUUGGCUGAUCCAUCCAUCCAUUUUUACAUCGCUUAUCCCGGUUCUGGUUUCAUUAAUUUAAUUAAUUAUAUUAUUAGGAAUUAUUGUUAUAAAUACCGGUUUUCCAUCAUACUUUCAUACUUUGGUAUGAUCGUGAAGCAAGUGUUAAAUUGGAUUCUCUGGUAUUAAAAAGGUCUUAAAAUGUCUUAAAUUUAGCUUGUUAAACCCUGUUAUGAUAUCAGAUCCAUAGAGUAAGGCGGUGAGUGAGUUAAUCAGUAGGUGAUGUGGUUGAAAGCUCCAGAAGCUGCUAGUAAGUGGACCUUGAGUUAAGAUAUUUUUUUCAAACUGUUCAAGAAUGAACUUGAAGUGAUCAAAAGGAUUUAACCUUAAAAAGUGUCGUCGCUUUCGACCAAAACAAUCUCACCAGAAGAUCCAUUUAGUAGCCGCUCUGGAGCUUUCGGUCAUAUCACACGAUCUUCCUCAGCAGAUGGAUCCGAUCCAAGAAGACCGUGUGAUACGAUUGAAGCUCCAGAGCAGCAGCUGCAAAAAAAAAUUUUUUAUAAAAAUACUCUUCAAAUUGUCAAAAAUAUGAAGAACAAACAGAAAAAUCUUACAGUAACUCAAGGUCCACUUACUAACUUUUUUUUUGCAGCUUUUGACCACAACAGUUUUCUAAUCGGAUGGAUUUUCAGUAAUUAAGGCAGUAAGCGAUAUGAUAUGAAAUCCUAUAUAUAUAUAUAUAUUUAAUUAUUAUUGAGCUUCUUUCGCUGAAUUGCAUCGUUUCCUCGCAGCUCUGCGAGGUUGGGAACCAGUGCAACAUCUGUAAAUGUAAAGAUCCUUAAUCAAUUAAUCGUGAAUUUGAUCCGUUUCCAAUGCAGGUUCGCACGACGCGAAGGGAGGAUUUUUGAAACGUCGCUUCCUCUCACCUUUUUGUUUCAGAUUUCGUCACUUCUUUCAAAACAAGGCAGCCAGUUUUGGGGCGUAUUCGUGUAAUUUCCUGAAGGAGCGGUGACGAAGAAAGUGCCUCUUUUAAACAUACUGUUAUUCGUCAAGUAAGGAGCCCUUUACUGUCCUACACUCCUGCAGAAAUAUCUGUCUUCUUCAACGCGGGUCUUUUUUAAAGCCUGGUUCCAAUAUUUUUGUAUUGAAGCUGCCAAUAGCCGACACGCUGUAUUUACUCUUUCAUGCCAAACUAUUCCCAAAGUAUUCGGCGUUUCUGUGUCGUCUGGGUGGAAAAACCCUCAGAAACAGAAUCAGAUGAAGAAAUUCUGUUCACAGUAAAUUUCACCAUUAAAGGAUGUUUUGAUAAAGUGUUAAGAAAUAUAAGUUUUCCAGCCUGUUUUUCUUUCUCUGUGAUGGAGUCAUGAAGGCCAAUAUCAGCCCUUUAAUACAGUAUCAGUGAAUCUUAAUCUUAUUAACUAUUAUUAAAAAUAUCUCACAAAUGUUA